AUGGAAGAUUCGAUGGACAUGGACAUGAGCCCCCUGAGUCCCCAGAACUAUCUUUUCGGUUGUGAACUAAAGGCUGACAAAGAUUAUCACUUUAAGGUGGACAAUGAUGAAAAUGAACACCAGAUAUCCUUAAGAAUGGUCAGUUUAGGGGCUGGUACAAAGGAUGAAUUGCACAUUGUUGAAGCAGAGGCAAUGAAUUAUGAAGGCAGUCUAAUUAAAGUAACAUUGGCAACAUUGAAAAUGUCUGUACAGCCAAUGGUUUCCCUUGGGGGCUUUGAAAUCACACCACUUGUGGUCUUAAGGUUGAAGUGUGGUUCAGUGCCUGUGAAUAAUAGUGGGCAGCACUUAGUAGCUGUGGAGGAAGAUGCAGAAUCAGAAGAUGAAGAGGAGGAGGACGUAAAACUCUUAAGUGUGUCUGGAAAGCGAUCUGCCCCUGGAGGUGGUAGCAAGGUUCCCCAGAAAAAAGUAAAACUUGCUGCUGAUGAAGAUGACGACAAUGAUGAAGAAGAUGAUGAUGAUGAUGAUUUUGAUGAUGAGGAAACUGAAGAAAAAGCUCCAAUCAAAAGGUCAAGAAUCCUUUUAAAAAAACAGGAAAAAACACCUAAAACACCAAAAGGACCUAGUUCUGUAGAAGACAUUAAAGCAAAAAUGCAAGCAGGUAUAGAGAAAGGUGGUUCUCUUCCCAAAGUGGAAGCCAAGUUCGUCAAUUAUGUGAAAAAUUGCUUCUGGAUGAUUGACCAGGAGGCUAUUCAAGAUCUGUGGCAGUGGAGGAAGUCUCUUUAA